AUGUUGCGCUCAGCAUGGAGGAAUUCUGCCCUUCUGUGGAGAAACCCAUCAGUGGCUGCUCGUCCUAUUCUUUCUUCAAGACUUGUGCAAUAUGAUGCUUUCGCUGAUAGGCAUAUUGGGCCUAGUCGAUUGGAGAAACAACAGAUGCUCGAUUUUCUUGGGUUCAAAAAUUUGGACGAAUUAACCAACACCAAUGUACCUCAGAAGAUUCAACUUGAGAAAGAACUUGAGCUCCCUGAACCUUUGGAUGAACACUCGAUGUUGAAGGAACUUCAAGGCGUUGCAGCUAAGAACAAGGUCUACCGCUCAUAUAUUGGAAUGGGAUUUUACGAUACAAUCGUGCCAGCCGUUAUUCUCCGCAAUAUCACUCAAAAUAUAGGAUGGAUCUCCCAAUAUACACCAUAUCAAGCUGAAAUUUCUCAGGGUCGUCUCGAGUCUUUGCUGAACUAUCAAACAAUGAUUGUUGAGCUCACUGGUUUGGCUAACACCAAUGCCUCUCUUCUUGACGAAGCUACAGCCGCAGCUGAAGCUGUAGCCAUGGCUUGUAGAGCAACACGUAGAUCAAAGGUACUUUUGGAUAACCAACUUCAUCCACAGAACAUCGAUGUGAUCAACACACGUAGCACACCAGUUGGCAUUGUCACUGAGAAUGUGUCUAUCGAUGCUACACAGUUUGAUAAAGAUGUCGCUGCCAUAGUGAUCCAAUAUCCAAACACAGAAGGAAACGUCCAAAACUUGGAAGAGUUGAUUGCUACAGCUCAUGAGAAUAAGUCAUUAGUCAUCUUAGUAUGUGAUCUUCUUGCUCUCACAAUUCUCAAAUCACCGGGAGAUCUCGGAGCCGAUGUUGCUGUUGGUUCAGCUCAGAGAUUUGGAGUUCCUCUUGGAUAUGGUGGUCCUCAUGCAGGAUUCAUGGCUGUCGGUAAAACAGAUGCCAAGAAUUCCUUGAGUAGAUUAAUGCCUGGACGUAUCAUCGGAGUGUCUAGAGGAGCCAAUGGAGAAAAGGCUUUGAGAUUAGCUCUUCAAACUCGUGAACAACAUAUCCGUCGUGACAAAGCAACAAGUAACAUCUGUACUGCACAAGCUCUGUUAGCGAACAUGGCUGCCAUGUACGCUGUAUAUCAUGGCCCCAAAAGAUUAGCCGAAAUUGCUCGUUUAGUACACAAGUCCACAGCCACUUUAGCAUACCAUUUGAAAGAAGCCGGAUUAGUAGUUGAGCACAAGAACUUCUUCGAUACUCUCAAAGUACACGUUGAUGAUAUGAAUUCUUUCAAGACCCGAGCGGAAGAAAAGAAAAUGAACUUCAGACACUUCGAAGAUGGUAGUGUUGGAGUUUCAUUGGACGAAACCACCAAGAUCCCAGAUCUCAUCGAUCUCAUCUAUGUCUUCACUGGCAGACUUGUACAAGCUGAUGUUCUCACCGAGGAAAGAAUUAAGUUACCAGCUCCUUUGAUAGGAAACAGUGAGCAUGCUCGUACUUCUCUUUUCCUUGAGCAUCCCGUUUUCAACAGUUAUCACAGUGAACAACAACUUGUUAGAUAUAUGAAACGAUUAGAGAAUAAGGAUACUUCAUUAGUUCACUCCAUGAUUCCUCUUGGCUCUUGUACAAUGAAGCUGAAUGCUAGUGCUGAGCUUAUUCCAAUUACUUGGCCAGAGUUCAACAACAUUCAUCCAUAUGCCCCAACUUCUCAGACCAAAGGGUACCAGGAAGUGUUUAAUAACUUAGAGAACUGGCUGUGUGAAAUCACAGGAUAUGACUCCUUCAGUCUUCAACCCAAUUCUGGAGCCAAUGGCGAAUACGCUGGACUAUUGACCAUUCAGAACUACCACAACUCACGUGGUGACACUCAAAGAAAUGUAUGCUUGAUCCCCACAUCCGCUCACGGAACCAAUCCUGCAUCAGCUCAAAUGGCUAACAUGAGAGUUGUUGUUGUCGAUUCUGAUCAGCACGGAAACAUAAACUUCAAAGAUUUAUCUAACAAAGCUGAGAAAUACUCUAACGAACUAGCUGCUAUCAUGAUCACCUAUCCAUCAACUCACGGAGUGUUUGAAUCGUCCAUCAGAGACGUUUGUGAUAAGAUUCACGAACAUGGAGGACAAGUAUACUUGGAUGGUGCUAACAUGAACGCUCAAGUUGGUUUAUGUAGACCUGGUGAUUAUGGAAGUGACGUAUCUCAUCUCAACCUACACAAGACGUUCUGUAUUCCACAUGGUGGAGGAGGACCAGGAGUUGGACCAAUUGGAGUGAAGAAACAUCUAGCCCCAUUCUUACCCGGGCAUUCUAUUGUUCCUGUUGAUGGUCGUUCCAGAGGCGCUGUUGCUUCAGCUCCAUGGGGAUCUGCCAGUAUCCUUCCAAUUACAUGGGCUUACAUACGUAUGAUGGGAGCAAAUGGUUUGAAGAAAGCUUCUCAAUUAGCUAUUCUGAACGCUAACUAUAUGGCUAAGAAAUUGGAAUCUGCUUAUAGAAUAGUAUAUAAAGAUGAACAAGGUCUUGUUGCUCAUGAGUUCAUAUUGGAUUGUAAGCCAUUCAAGAAAUCAGCUGGUAUUGAAGUAGUUGAUAUAGCUAAGCGUUUGAUGGACUAUGGAUUCCAUUCUCCAACUAUGUCAUGGCCUGUACAUGAUUGUUUGAUGAUUGAGCCAACUGAGAGUGAAGAUAAAGGUGAAAUGGAUCGUUUGAUCGAAGCCCUAUUGGCCAUCAGAGAAGAGAUCUCCAUGAUUGAAUCAGGAGAGUUGGAUCGCGUCCGAAACCCAUUGAAGAUGGCACCACACACAAUGGCUAAAGUAAUGUCGGAUAACUGGGAUAUGCCAUAUUCACGUCAACUGGCUGCUUUCCCUAAGGAAUGGUGUCAUCACAAGAACUGGCCAACAGUUGGAAGAAUUGAUGAUCAAUAUGGAGACAGAAACCUUGUAUGUACUUGUCCCCCAAUCGAGAGCUAUCAAUAA